AUGGCGAGUCCUGAAGACCUCUGGCAUCCCUGCCUCGUGUGCUGGAAAGAUGCAUCCAAGCAGUGCUCUCGAUGCAAGAAGGCCCGCUAUUGUAAGCAAGAGCAUAGCGACGCCGAUUGGAAACGGCACAAGUCCGAAUGUGAUUACUUGGUGAAGGGAGGGCCGGAUACUAAGCGGCGGAGUGUACAAGCCAUCCUCUUCCCUGCGGACGGCGACGCUCCUCGUCCCGUCAAGGUUGAUUACAAGUUUCAGCCAGAUCCUGACGUCUCGUAUGUCCUGCGCCAUAAGUGGGACUGGCAUCCGUGGUUCAAGGAGACCCCAUCCGUCAAGACAAUCCGCAGGUACGACGAUUCCUACAUGCCUACCUCUGGCCAUGCGCUAUUCCUGGUGUACAACGACAACUUCUUCAACGAUGGAUCUCCUUUGAACCGGUCUGUGCAGAAGUUGACGAGCGGGAAAUGUCAUCCUUGGGGCGGGCACAUGCUCGGCUUCAGAGGAAGGGAGCCCAUCGAGGUUCUUGCGCACUUCGAAGACCCCAAUCUUCGAGAGGAUCUUCCGGAGUUUGUCAAUUUCUUCAGACAGUAUGGCAUGGGCCCCAAUCGUCCAGCACGACCAGAUCAACUCUCACUCUCAUUCUUUUGA